AGUUCUUGCAUGACUGGCAAGCAAACGAAACGGAUAUCUGCCCAAACGACUCACCAGAGGUUUGUCCCUAGGGUUGCUACAUAGCUAUUAUAGAAUCAAAUCUAUACACAUAUACGUAACUUGGUCUGAUUAAUUUACACUAACCUAGGCUACUCCCAUCGUCCAAGUUGGACUUACACUCCGAAAUUCUAGAGCAUGAAUUAUAUCUCCAACCCUACAGAAUUAUGGCUAACACGGAUAACAACCAAUACGUCGGAGGAGGAACAGGAGCUGGCAGUCAGCAGCGGGCCAACAACUCCGACUCUAUUUCUGGUCCCAGACCAACGCAGAACCAAAUACCACUACCUCAUUACUUCAUCGUCCGCCCAGGAACGAUAAAGCACACGGCGUCGGGCACAGUAACGACACCCGGACCCAUCGUGCCUCUCGUCGCCGUAGACCAACUACCCGAAUGGCUGGACUUAUUCGGGGUACCGCGCGAGCUGAGCGUCGAGCAGACCGUCGGUCUCCGCAACCUGGGAACCGCGGUUAGAAAUCCCAAGUUCUACCAGGUGUAUAUGCGCAGUGACCUCCAAGCAUCUCCAGCUGCUCACCAGGGGGGCUAUCACACGCAGACAGAGCAAGGCCAGCGAAACCGGGUGCAGGGUACGAAUAAUAGCACGCUGGUGCCUGUCGACAUCCCCACAACAUCCACUUCUCCCUCCACCUCAUCAUCUACAUCGUUGACGUCGGCAGACCCAACUUCAGAAUCCUCUCCUACCACCAACGGCCCAAAUACCCAAGCCACCAACACCAGCAAUCCCCACACCAAACCAGUCAAAACCAGCCAACACCCAAGAUUCCCCUCAACAAGCAACAGCACACCCCCCACAAACCCAUACCCCCUUAUCCCCGCCCCCGCUCCCGCCCACUUCCUCUGGUACCCCCCCUCCACCUCCACCUCCACCUCCACCACCCGCUCCAAACCCCACCCGCACCCCCUCCACCUCCACCUCCCCAGGCCCAGCACCCACAGCCACCACACCAACGGCAGUCCCUCCAGCCCCUACUGCAAACACUGGUGCCACCGCGGCACCUGCCGCUGGGGCGCGCACUGCCGCUACGCGCACGAGAUGCCGACGACCGCCGCGGGGCUGCGCGACGUCGGGCUCGCGCACCACCCGGCGUGGUAUACCACCGCCGUGAGCAUGGCUUUCGGCCCGGGCGCGCUGGGACUGGGGUGGUGUCCGCCGCUGCCGCCGCUGCCGCCGCCGCCGUCGGGGUCGGGGUCUGCUGGUGGUGGUGUGCUGCGGUAUAGGGAGAAGGAGAGGGUGGAGAAGAGGGAGAAGAAGAGUGUGGGAGCGGGGGCGGGGGCGGGGGUAGGAAAAAGAAAGGGGAAGAAGGAGAUGGAUGGGAAGAGUAGUGGUGGUGAUGAGGUGUUGGCGGAAGCUGAGCUGCGGAAGGAAGACGCUGCGGAGGAGGAGAAUGUCGAUGUUGGUAGUAACCAGGGGCAAAAACAACCGGAUGUUGUUGAGAAGUUAGUUGAGAUCUAAGAGAGUCAAUAAAAAGCUGUUGGGAUGAUUUCUUAUUGUGGAGUCCACGCCGCAAAUACCGCGUAUGAUAAAUAAGACGAAUACACACAUGCACCGAACAGACAUCCCUGGGUUAGUCCGUAGUACUCGCAUGCGUAAUGUAAGCAGAUAAUGUAUUUGAUAUCAUAGUUGGUUAUUGCUGCUAGGCCAAUGAAACGAGACUCGCAACUCCAAUCAUGCUCCCAGACAAAAGGAACACGGCUAACGACGUUAUAAAACCGCCGCCA